ACUGAGCUGUCGGUGCAAAUAAGUUUUUAUUAGGUACUUCUCGAAGCGGAAAUGAAACACCUAGGAUUAACGUUUUUGUGUGUGGUGUUCUGUUUUGCUGUGUCCCAGGCCGUUGCAGAAAAAAAAAUUGUUUGUUACUUGGGCACCUGGGCUUACUACAGAUGGGGAGUGGGAAAGUUCACCGUAGAUAAUAUCCAUACCGGACUGUGUACCCACUUGAUGUAUGCCUUUUUCGGUAUCAAUGAGGAUGGAACCGUACGGAUCAUUGACCCCUAUCUGGAUCUGGAGGAAAACUGGGGCCUGGGAUACGUCAAAAGAUUCAACGAUCUGAAAAAGCUUAAUAGUGAACUGAAAACGAUGGCAGCGAUUGGUGGAUGGAACGAAAAGUCGCUCAAAUUUUCCAAAGUAUCGGCUGAUCCGGUGCUGCGAAAAAAGUUCAUCGACGAUUGCGUUAAGCUGUGCCAGACGUUCGGCUUCGAUGGGAUCGAUUUGGAUUGGGAAUAUCCAUCGCAGCAGGACAGCCCUUCGUUGGACGAUAAGGAUAAUCACGCCAUCUGGCUCGAGGAAUUCCGAGUGGAAUUCGAUCGCCAUGGACUGCUGUUGAGUGCUGCGGUGGCAUCGGCCGAAUUCUCAUCCGGGUUGUCCUACCACAUAGCACGAGUGUCGGCUGCUCUCGAUUUCAUCAACGUGAUGACGUACGAUCUGCACGGUCCCUGGGACUUCCAAACCGGACUAAACUCGCCGCUCUACGAAGGACCGGCUGACGUUACGGAACGCCAGAAGCAGAUGAACACCAACGCCAGCAUCCAGUACUGGCUGUCGCAAGGUGCAGAUCCGAAGAAAAUUAUUCUCGGCAUUCCGUUGUACGGAAGAACUUUCACCUUGGCCAGAGAGCAGGAAAACCAUAUUGGGGCUCCCAUUAAUGGGCCUGGAAUGGCUGGACCAUUCACUCGAGAACCCGGAUUUAUUGGCUACAAUGAGUUCUGCGAUAUGUUUGCGAAAGAAAACUGGGACAUUCAUUACAGCCAGGAACAGGUCGGAUUCUACGCUGUCAAGGGAAAUCAAUGGAUCGGAUUCGAUAAUGUUGAAACUAUCGAAGCUAAGGUACAAUACAUGCACGAUAACGAUCUCGGUGGGAUAAUGGUGUGGUCCCUGGAAACCGAUGAUUAUCACGGACUCUGUGGUCCCAGAUAUGCGUUGAUGAACACCGUCUACAGACUGGUCAAUCAUGGAGCUGAACCGCCUGCGCCACCUCCCGCUGUCACUACCCCGGUACCGCCGACUGGACCAACCGGACCAAAUGUGGGAGAAUGCGAUCCGGCAGGGAUUUUUCCGAAUCCCGAUUCCUGUCAAAAGUUCUUCGUCUGUACCGAAGAUGGACGGCGGUUCGAUUUCGAGUGUCCCGAUGGUCUGCUGUUUGAUCCCGUUAACCUGUACUGCAACUGGAAGGAUGCCGUCCAUUGUGAAUUGUUGUGAAGCGAAUAAAAUAAAUUUGCAUGAUUUACUUUGAGGAAUACACUAAUAA